UGCUUCCUUGGUAAGUAGUGUAUCUUUCCAGGUUUCCAUCGAUGCAGUGUUUUGUUGUCAGCUCUUUGAUGUUGAUUGUCUCGUCCCGCGGGAAUUGAUCGGCCUGUCGCGUCGUUGGACGCUCCAUAACGGGCCGAGUAACGGGGGAGGCUCCGCUGCCACCUCCAGCUGCCGGGGGCCUGGGCUGUCGAUUGGGUCGGGCCCCGAAGCCGACACUUAAUCCCGGAUGGCCGGGCUCCUGGCUGAAACAAGUCCUUAAGGCGAGUCACGGUUGCAGAGGCCUCCGCUCUAGCCGAGCCUCGGGCUCGAUUUCCGAAGUCGGCGGCGGAGGCAUCACUUCCGGCAGCUGUGGAUGGCCACCAACGAGGCUUUACGGUGGUCGCUAAGGGGAUGCGUCUGGGGCACCUGGAGGUCUCCGCCGUCACUUCUGUGUGGUCGUCUGCUCCGGAGAGGUGCUGGUCGGAAUGAGCCGCGUCUCCAAGCGCUCUGGCACGGUAGCAGACCGCGGGUCUCUGGGGACGUGGUGGGCCUAACUGGUCGGGUCCAGGUGCGGUCCGGUGGUCUCCAGCUGGAUUUCCAUGAGUGAAGGAAUCGACGCUGGGUAGCAUGGCUUAUGCAAAGUUCCUCACCAUCCAAGUAGGAUUGCCACUACCGUAUUAGUACCGUAUCAGUUCUGGUAUUUUUUAUACUGCAUAUGCAAUUCUACCAUCCACAAGGGUGUGGAUUGAAAGUUAAAUUGUGAUUGUAAUGGCAAGAACUAGUUGUAAAUUUGUUUUGUUUCGUGACCCUCUUCUGGCACUUAAACAUCUAAAACAGAUAAAGGAAUUAAAACCCGAAAAAGUACACUUUGUAUUUGUUGUCCUGAGUGUGUACUUUUCCCCAGGCUACAAAAUUUGGUAUCAGGAGUGGGGCUAAUUCCAAGCCAGUUUAGAGGGUCUCUGAUUGUUGUAUGCAGUAUAAUAUACGGUAGUGGUGAAGACAGGACCGUGUUCCCGAGGGGCGGAAGGAGAGAGCGCCUGUUGCCUCGUGGAGAGCGUGGUGGAGCCUCAGGAAUGGGACGGGACGUCAGUGACUGACAUCAGGAUGCAGAGCGGUGACGUGGACCCAGGGAACUGCGGGCUGUGAAGCCUUCGUGUUUGCAACAAAGGACAGCAGCAACUCCUUUUACAGGCUUGUUGUGUGAACUUUAAAGACUUGAGCUUUUACUAUGUCAUGCUGAGAGGACACACCAGUUGAACUUGAUUUGAAUGAACAAAUUAGGGAAUUGCGUAGUAGGUAUGAUGAAGCCAUGGCAACCAUAGAUAAAUUAAGCAAAAGGUCCUAUGUAUAUGUCCCAGGGGAAAGAAACAUUGUUCCAUUUAUGGGGGAUGUUGAGAAAGAUGGGAGAUCUGUUGAUGACUUUAUUGAAGAAGUACAACGUGCACUUCAUAGUAGAAAUCAGUGUGACCAGGAUCAGUAUGACUUUGUUAUGUCCCUGCAGGGGAGAAGCCUUAGAGGAAGCACGUAUGUGCAGUGAUGCUGAGGAAGACCGGGCUGAUGACUUGUUCACCUGUCUCAGGGAAGCUUUUAGAGACGAGCGUAGGGCACCCUGGCAGUGGCAUGGCUUCUACAGUCACAAACAGCAUGAGGGUGAAGAUGUAAGAGAAUUUUCACAUCCCCUAGCCCAAGCUCUUAACUUGAUACUGAAGCACUCCCCUGAUGCUGUGACCAAUGAGAGGGUGGUGCUAAGAGAUCAAUUUAUAGAGGGGAUCAGGGAUCCUUCCCUCAGAAGGGAGCUCUACAGAUUUGUGCGGGGCCACCCUGAGUCCUCAAUGAUAGAAGUGAGGGAGGAGGCUCGUUUGUGGCUUGUAGAAGAGCCCCUGGGAAAUACAAGGUCUGGAAAGUCAAAGUGUAGCAGUAGCCAGGCACAGUGCUCGAUUCUUAAAGCUCGGGAAUCUGAGUCUGUCACACUAGAUGACAUCCUUAAAGUGGUCACAGAGCAGGGCAAAGCCCUUAGUGAAUUGACUCAAGCAGUGAAAGAUCUCACUGUGCAGAGGGAUUUUACAUGCACUACUAGCAGCAGACGUAAUUUACAGCCUAGGUUCACAGAAGAUGGGCAACCAAUAUGUUUCAAGUGUCAGGUGGGAGGGCAUUUGGCCAAGAAUUGCCCACGGAGGCGGGAUGCAAGGGAAGUGGAGUCUGAUUCCUCCUGCCCUCAAGAGGUUGGGAGUCGAGCAAUUCGGCGGAACCUCAUAGAUACAGAUAAUGUACAGCUACCCCGUGCCCAGUUGCUGCAAGGUGCCAUAGGGACAUGUCCAGUUGUGGAGCUUUAAAUUUCAGGUGUCGCUGUCCGUUGUCUGUUGGACACAGGUAAUCAGGUAAGCACCCUGACUGAGCAGUUCUUUUGAGAACACUUGAAUGGAGAGGACAGGGGUAUGUUGUCCAUUGCUGACUGCCUUAGGCUAGCAGCUGCAAACAGUCUGGAUAUUCCUUACCUUGGGUACCUAGAGCUAGAAGUUCAAGAAAUGGGCAUGAAGAUACCAAAUUGUAGCUUUCUAGUAGUCAGGGAUCCUGUUAGCACCAAACCACCUAUCCCAUGUAUUGUAGGCAUGAACCUUAUCAGCCAGUGUAGGCAACUUGUCUACGCAGUGUUUGACUUCGAUGUCCAGGAUCGUCCAGGUCGGAGCAAUACCGUGGCUGAUGCAGUCUCUAGGCAGCCAUUUGCAGGGGAGCCUGAGCCUGUCUCAGACGAUGCGGAGUUUGAUGGGGCUGUGGCGAUCUGUAGUUUGAUCAAUCACGGCACUGCCAUUGUCCCAGCACUGGUUACCGCUGGUCUUAACAGCUAAGCAAAUUUGAGCCUGGGAAGCUGGUACUAGUGAUGUAAGUGGUCCGAUGCAAGGGAACACUCCAACCCUCCCAGGUUACUCUAAUGGAGACUUGCGUACUUUUCAGCAGCAAGACCCUGUGUUAGGUGUCCUAAGAGACUAAUGGGAUCAGAAAAGAAAGCUGAGUGGCCAGGAGCGUAAAACUCUGCCUAAACCUGUUUUGUCUCUGUUAAGGCACUGGGACAGUAUCAGGGAGCGUAAAGGGUAACUGUAUAGGGUAGUUGAGGAUGAGAAGCUUGGGGAGUGUUACCAGCCUCUGGUACCUAACAGCUUGAGGAGCAAAGUGUUAGAGUAUGUACAUGACGCUAUGGGCCAUCAAAGUAUAGAACGUACUCUGCAGUUGUUGAGAAGCUGAUGUUUUUGGGUGGGCAUACACGAGGAUGUGGCACGGUGGGUCAAAAAUUGUCCACAUUGUGUACUAAGAUGCCGCAGCCUAGGAUCCGCCCCCCCCCCCCCCCAUGAAGUCAUUUCUGGCUUCCAGGCCGCUUGAAGUUGUAGCGGUAGAUUUCACUGUGUUGGAGCCGGCAACUGAUGGGAGUGAAAAUGUCUUAGUGGUCAUGGACGUUUUCACUAAAUUUACCCAAGCAUUUCCGACUUGGGAUCAAAAGGCGGAUACCACAGCAAGGGUGCUCUUGAGGGAAUGGUUCAUGAAGUACGGUGUCCCUGAGAGAUUGCAUUCUGACCAGGGCUGUAACUUCGAAAGUGAGGUCAUAGGGGAGCUUUGCAAACUAUAUGGGGUAAAGAAAAGCCGUACCACACCUCAUCAUCCUACUGGAAACACGCAGUGAGAGCGUUUCAACAGGAUGAUGCAUGAUUUCUUGCAUUCGUUGCCUCAGAAAAGAAGCGCAGAUGGCCAGAACAUCUACCCAAGUUGGUGUAUGCAUAUAAUGCGACACCUCAUGCAACCACCGGGUAUUCACCUUACUAUCUGUUGUUUGGGGUGGAUCCCCACUUGCCCGUGGAUGCUCCGCUGGGGCAAGAACAGACGGUGGACCAGAAACAUGACUGGCUAGUCUCAGUUCAGUUCUCUUUAGAGAAGCAGUUAAAGAGGUUAAAAGUACCCUUGUAGUGAGCAAGUAAUCGAGGACGAUUACUUGAAUGCAAGGGAGAAUGUAACCAGGUGACCGUCGGAUCUUAUUCAGUAUCGUUAAAAGUGUACUUAGGCAUCCAUCCGGCUAAUGCUAGAAUAGUUGUCUGUGCCUUUAAGGGAGACAGUGAUGUCAUUAAGCAUACGCGGGAUAGUGGGGAGACUAUUUUGUUUCUGCUGAAGACACUGGUGGGGCGUUGGAAUUGAGUUCCUCCCCGAGACUAGGCAUGGUGAGGAAAGGUGAGCAUUAAUUGACGAUAUCCAUGUGAAUUCAUUUAUGCUUGUUGGCGAAUCGAGAAUAUCGGUAAUUUGACAUGUUUUACAUUUGGAUGCUUUAGAUUUCCAUGAGUGAAGAAAUCGACGCUGGGUAGCAUGGCUUAUGCAAAGUUCCUCACCAUCCAAAGCAGCUAGGCAGUACGUUGCAAGUUAUAUGGACCAGACAGUUGCCGCAUUAUCUUACGGUGACUCCACUGACAGCCAAGUAUCCAGCCACCUGUUCGGGGAGCAGGAAAGUCUUGGAGGCACCGAAAUGCCGGCACAAGAAAAUGUCGCUGACCACUAUUUUGUGGCCCGUUCAGUUUAUUCGGAAAAUAGUUUUCUAGAGGAAAACGAAAGAAAGGAAAAAGUCCGUAUAACUUUACGUGACCGGCUGGCCAAGAGAUGCAGUUGCUCAGCUAAAAAGGUUCUGGGUAUUAUUAAAGUUGUGCUUCCUGUACUGGAUUGGUUGCCCAAGUACAGACUGAAGCAAUGGCUACCUGGAGACAUUAUUUCUGGACUGAGCACUGGCCUGAUUGCAACAUUACAAGGUCUGGCUUUUGCUCUCCUGGCUGAAGUCCCUGUUGGCUAUGGUUUGUACUCUGCUUUCUUUCCCAUUUUACCAUAUUUCUUCUUGGGGACGUCAAAACACUUAGCCGUGGGUCCAUUCCCAAUUACCAGCUUGAUGAUAGGGUCUUUGAUUCUGCAAUUGACACCUGAUGAAAAUUUCAUGAUGUCAAGCAAUAUGACCGAACUCAGUAAUGACACAAAUGUGGAUAUUGCUGCCAGGGAUGCCCAGAGGGUUGUCAUUGCUUCAUCUGUCACUGUUCUUGCUGGCAUCAUACAGCUUGUACUUGGGAUUCUCCAAGUUGGUUUCAUUGUUCGGUACCUCUCCGUGCCCUUAGUGGGAGGAUUUACAACUGCUGCUGCCUUCCACGUCUUUGUCUCCCAGUUGAAAAUAGUUUUAAGCGUGCCAACAAAGAGUUAUAUGGGAGUCCUCUCUGUCAUAUAUACUCUUAUUGACAUAUUUCGCAAUAUUCGGCAAACUAAUAUUGCAGAUUUCAUCGCUGGUUUGAUCACCUUUGUCUUGUGUGUAAUUGUGAAAGAAAUCAACGUUCGCUUCAAAGAUAAAAUAAAAGUGCCUAUUCCGAUUGAAGUAAUUGUGACUAUCGUAGCUACCGGAAUAUCAUAUGGUGCUAAUUUGGAAAAAAAAUAUAACGCUGGUAUUAUCAAAAGCAUUCCGACGGGAUUUUUACCACCGACGCCACCAGAUGUGAACUUGUUUAGUCAAGUGGGAACAUCAGCAUUUUCUGUUGCCAUUGUGGGAUAUGCUGUUGCUGUUUCUGUUGCCAAAGUAUUCGGUACUAAGCACGGCUAUCCAAUUGAUGGAAACCAGGAAUUCAUAGCGCUAGGAAUUUCCAAUAUUUUUGCUGGCUGCUUCUCAAGCUUUUUAGCGGGCACUGCUCUGUCCCGUACAGCUGUACAGGAAAGCACAGGAGGAAAAACUCAGAUUGCUGGACUUUUAACUGCAGUAAUUGUGAUGAUUGCCAUCCUGAUAGUUGGAAAGCUACUUGAACCUCUGCAGAAGGCUGUACUGGCAGCAAUUGUCAUAGCCAAUUUGAAGGGAAUGUUCUGGCAAUUUUUUGAUGUUCCAGUUUUAUGGAGGCAAAACAGAGUUGAUUGUCUUAUAUGGGUUGUGACAUGGAUUGCAUCCAUCCUUUUGGGAUUAGAUUUGGGCCUUUUAGUUGGUGUAUGCUUUGAACUUCUUACUGUUGUCCUUAGGGCCCAGUUCCCAGUUUCCGCAGCUCUAGCAAAUGUACCAAACACAGACAUUUACAAGAAUCUGAAGAAAUAUAAAAAUCUUGUUGAACCAAGUGGUGUGAAGAUCUUCAAAUUUUCUUCUCCCUUGUUUUUUGGAAGUGUUGAUUAUUUUAAGGAGAGACUCAAUAGCAUUGUUGGAUUUAAUCCUGUUCGAGUGUUUAAUAAGCGAACAAAGGCUUUGAAGAAGAUUCAGAAACUUGUAAAGAAGGGUCAAUUAAGAGCAACAAAGGACGGGGUUGUAACUGACGGAAGUAUUGCCAAUGAAGCUUUCGAAGAUGACGAGAACGCUGCAGAAGAGCCAGAUCCAGAGGUUCCCACAAAGGAAGUGGAAAUCCAAGUUGACUGGAACGCUGAACUCCCAAUCAAAGUCCUGGUUCCCAAAGUUACCAUUCAUAGCCUUAUUUUUGAUUUCAGUUCCGUGUCAUUUAUUGACAUUGUGGGAGUCCGAAUCUUUAAAAUGUUGGUAAAGCAAUUUGAACGAAUAGGCGUUAAAGUUUAUGUGGCAGCAUAUGAAGAUCACAUUGUGAAGAAAUUGGAAAAUUGUGGCUUUUUUGAUGAAAGCGUGAAAAAGGACAUGUUUUACCUCACUGUUCAUGAUGCUGUUGUUCACAUACACACUCAGACUAUGUACAAAGAAAUACAAGAUCCUAUAUUUGAGAAGAUAUCACUCAUACAAGAAUCAAAAGAACCUCUGGAAGAAGUCGAGGAUGAUGUGGAAGAACUAGAAGAUCAGAAUCAGGGCCACACUGGAUUCAGUUAUUGAAGCUCUUCGAUCCAAAUGAUCUUGGAUACAGAAUUCUCAAGGCAUAUGCACUUGUCAGUUCUUAUGGAUUAAUUGGAGUUUUCUAAACCAGGCCGGUGUUUUGUUUUUAAUAUGGAUAGGCCAUGAAUGAUCUUUGAUAUAAAUCUAAAAGAUUUGCAAUCUAUUUUUAUAUGUAUAAAGCACCUACAGCAAUCCUACCUUGAAAUUCUUGCAAUUGUGACUAUUGGUUGUUUUGACCUGGGAAUCAUUGUUAUGUAGUAUAUUAGGCACUAUUUUGUUCUGCAACUAGGGACAUGAUACGAUUAAUAAAUUGGAGUCAUGCUAUUGCACAGCCCAGCCUGAAGUACUCCGCAGUCAUGUCCUAUGGACUAAUUAGAUCUGAAACAGACUGUGCACGUGUUGCCAGGGCCCAGUUUGCAUUGUUCAUUUUCUGUCUACAGUAGAUUCAUAAUUUUGCAGAAUUCACCUUAAUUGGAUUGAAAUCUAAUCAGCCGUAGCUCACUGGGACAGGAAUUGUUGCACAUCAAAAACUGAAGUUUUGUGCCAUUUUAUUAUAUAAACUUUACAAGGGUAUGAUAUUUAGAAAUAUAGAACUUCAAACCCAAUUAUUUCCUACAAAAUGAACUUAAUGGGUUAAUGCUUUCUAUUCUAAGUUUAUUCCAAAUACAAUAUAAUAUAAUUAGUGCAUAAUAUAUUCUGAACAUUGCAUAUUACAUGAAAAAAUGUCUAAUCUUAAUGCUGUGAGUUAUUUUACUCUUGGAAUUGUUUUUUAAAAAAAAAACGUUUAGCUACCUUCAGGGUUAAUUUGAUUCUUCACAUUAUUGAUACCAAAGUGUCCUUAGUCACACCGAAGAAUAAAGUCUGUGGAGAUCAAGAAGAAAAAUGUUCUUAAUUUGGAAUUUUGCUUUAGAGGUAACCCAUGAGUAGUAAUUUUUGAGGAUGAUUGUGAUCAGUUUUUUUUUCCUUGUGGGAGAACUGCAUUAUAUUUACUAUUUUAUUUUAAAUUUAAUCACUGAACAGAAUAGCAGGUGUCUCAAAAAUUCAGGGUCAAUCAUACCAUUUAAACAAUCUACUCUUGCUUUCGGUGAAAACAAUUCAAUAGGCUAUAUAAUUUGAAAUGAUGGAUAUGGGAUGUGAAUGGGUGCAGAUUAUUUGUCCAUGCUGUGAUUGUUAUUCAUCAAAGAUAAAAGUACAAUAUUAACAAAUCUUGAAUUAAACAAAAGACAAGGAAGUUUUAUUUUCAAUUACGAAGGUUCUACUUUAGUGAAAGCAAUUAGCAUUUUUUUUGUAACAUCGAAGUGGUACACUGUAGAAAUGCACUCUAUACCACUGUGCAUGGAUUACAGUCUAUGUGGGUGUUAGUUUUAAAAUUGGCUUUAUAUUCAUUUUAAUACAUACCACUGGAAAUGUUGGAGUAUUAUUCCCUCAAAUGUCCUCACUGAUAGGUGAAAAUUCUAAUGGAAUUAUUGGGCUUAACAGCUAAAAUCUUUUGGUUCCCCCUUUUGAAUUACGAAUUUGAAGAUAUUGUUGUGGUAACUUUACUGUUCUGUAAUUGAAGUAAGGAGAAAGGCUGAUCUAUUUCUUUUAACGAGUUUAAAGUUUGCCACCAAAUAACCAGUUUUUUUGGAUUCAGGAUUGAAAUUAAGAAUUUUAUUGAAUAAAUUUUCAAGCAAGUUAAUUUAAUUUUUUUUCAAUUUUAACAUUGGUGUCCUCGAGUGUUAUUAUGACAUCAUUUAAGAUCCACCUUAGUUUUCAUCAAAUUUUCUGUCUACUUUAUUAAUUAAAGUAUCAAUCUGUUUAAAAUCAGUUGAUCAAUACAUGGCUUACACUUGUGGGCAUAGGAAUAUCAUUGUGUACUUUGAACAAUAGUCUGUAUUAUAUUCAUCGAUGGGCUCUGCUAAUCCAGCUUUUGAUUAGUCUUGCAGUGCUCAGUUCACUGUUUUGCAGGUUUUGUUUAUUUAUGCAAAUUGGUGACAGAUCAUGACUGGAAAUUUGUACCUUCGAGAAUCUAUUAGAUAAGCUACCUAAAUUUCAGUUACUCUAAUUUGUAACUGCAGACUUUGUAAAAUAAUAUGCAAUUAAGCUGUAGUAAAAUUAUAGUCAUUUCAGAAUCUUGUUGUAAGUAUGGAAUUAAGUAAUAAAAAUAGCAACUUUGGAAUUGCAUGUGAAAAUUGGGGAAAAAAGAGGGAUAGACUAACUCUAUUGGACAGGAUCUGUCUAGGAAUAAUUUGUUAUAAUCGGAAACAAUACAUGCAUGUUAAUGUUAAAUAUUUUAUACAAGUAAGCAUUUGUUUCAAUAUUUUUAAAUAUGUGGAAUGAAUGGGGUUUUUCUUGUGUUUGAAAAUAUUUAGGGUUUUUUUUGAGGUUGUCUCAUGCUACAAGUCUGAUCUGUUUACUAGUGGAGUCCUAUGGUACAUAUCCUUGCUUGCCAUGAAAUGCUCUCUGAUAUGAAACCAAAUAUUGUUUGCCAUUUACUACCUAUAUAUCUUUGUGCAGACAUUCUUUAUAAUUAUGGAUGAGUGGAUCACUGUUAAUUUUUGUUAAUUUAAUGUAAUGACAAAUUGAUUGGAUCAGUCUAAUAAAGAUAUCAGUUAAGGAAUGAUUGUAUAUGGAAUGUGCAACUGCUCACCCAUUCUACUCAUUAUAGUUCACUAUCCUCUUUUCACUAGUUCACUAAGCCUCUUUCCACCUUUCUUUAUCAAACUUGUAUAACUGUCUUUCUUCCUUCACUUUUGUGCUAAACAAAUUUACUGACCUAUUUGCGUCAUUUGCUGAUUACUCUCAAGUUUUUAAACAAAAAUUGUGAAUUCACCCAUUAAGUUAGAUGGUCUUCUACGCUUCUCCACAAGUAGAAACAUACUAUCUAUCAAAACCUUUUAUUUUAAAGAUUUCUUGGGUCAACCCUUUCAAGAAACAAGCAAGUCACUUUGCUUAGUCCUUCGUGAUGGGAAUAACUGCGUUUCUGAUGCAAACCCUACAAUUUGUUUUCAUUGCUUGUAUAUCAUUUAAUAUUCUUCUCCAGCCCUUUACCUUUCCCACCCAGCUGGCUUGACCUGUCAACUAGCCACUCUUCCUCCUCCUAUCCCCAUCUUUUUAUUCUGGCAUCUUCUUUUGUUUCCAGCCCCAAAGAAAGGUCUCUGUCUGAAACUUUGACAGUUUAUUCAUUUCCAUAGACGCUGCCUGACCUGAGCUCCUCCAGCAUUUUGUGCACGUUAAUCUGGAUUUCCAGCAUCUGCAGAAUCUCUUGUGUUUAUUAUUUCAAGUAUGGUUUAAUCGAACUCUAAGAGUUUACUGUAACUUCUAAAUUGCAAUUCUGCCUGUACAAGA